AUGGGGUUUUUCAGCUUUCAUACCAAGCCAGCCCCACCGCUCGACCAAAAUCAUACCGUCUCUCCUGAAUGGAAAAGCAAUUUCCUCUCCCAAUUGACUUUCUCCUGGCUUCACCCGUUUCUGCAGAUUGGGUACUCAAGACCGUUACAAUUGACCGAUCUUUGGAGGCUUGAGGAUGAAAGAUUAUGUUAUUACCAAUCAAACCUUCUGGCACACAAUUUCUACAACAAGUAUAGCCACAUUGAUGCGGCAUACUGCAAGCCUUGCUCGAAUAGCGAGGGGACUCAGACCAAAACCGCCAAAGCUGAGGUUGUUAUCGAUCCGGAUGGGGAUGCAUUGCAGAAAAUCAGCCCUCAGGAGGAGGUUAAGACCACAGGUUCGCAAACCCUUCCGCAGAUGAUGCUUCCAGUGGAUUGGCCAGGCACCGAGAUUGAUCUGACAGCCACCUCAACUGGGCACGCAGAGAAAAUAUCGUCGCCAAACACUGGUUGCUGGACAUGGAUACGACUUCUCUUUUCCAAGAAAAAGAUAUCACAAAUCAGCUGCUCGGAGCCACUCGAUGCGACUGUUUUGGUCUUGCCUCUGUACAGUACGCCAGGACUUUGUGGUAUCACUUGUGGGAUCAUUAUCGCUUCUUCUGUGGUGGUCAAGGAAUUGAUACAGUUUGUCUCAGAAUCCCAUGCGUGGAGCAAAGCUACGGAUGCCGAACGGGUCAACUUGCAUCAACCAAAGCAACUAGGAAUUGGGUUUGGCUUGGCCAUUGGUUUGGCUGCCAUGCAACAAGUCUCAUUCUUACUCAAUGGGGUGUAUGAAUACCGGUCAACCUUUGCCGGAUCCCUACUACGUAUAGCUAUCAUCGAUCAAAUCUCUUGCAAAUCAAUGCAGCUCUCCACAAGAUCACGGGUCAAACAAACUUCUGGUCGACUGACAAGUGCAGUGGCUGGUAGCACCAGCUUGAUCGAUGUUAUUGUGGAACCAAUCGCCAUCAUAGCAGGCUGUGCGCUUUUGAUCUACAACCUGAAGUACAGCGCCUUGGUUGGCGUGGGCGUACUGUUUGCAUCAUCACCCAUCUUGACUGCAAUGAUGAAUCAGCUCAUUGGCAGUCGUCAGGAACAAAUGAAGUUUAUCGAUGAACGAUUGAGGCUUCUGAGCGAGAUAUUCAAAUCAAUCCGCCAGAUCAAACUGUAUGCCUAUGAAGCCUUCUUUUCAGAGCGUAUCAUAAAGAUACUUAAUGUCUGGAAUCGAAGGUCAGCCCAGAGCUUGAUCACAAUCCAAUUAUUAUCAUUCAUCACCUACGGAAUGUCUGGACAUGAAUUGAAGCCCGCAGUGAUCUUCUCAGCAUUUCAAUUGUUCAACAUCAUCCAAACACCGCUACAGAACCUGCCAGCGUCCUUUGCCAACCUGACUGAUGCGUGGGUUGCGCUGACACGCCUCUCAGAUAUUCUCUUGGCUGAAGAGUAUGCUGGACACAACAGAGGGCACAUCACGAGUAACCCACAUGCAAAGUUUGCAAUCAAGGUUGAUGGGGACUUCACAUUUGAAUCUUCAGAGCAAUCCAAUAGUAGCAAGAAGAAUGAAAUUGCAGGCAAGGAUCGGAAAGCUGAAAAAGAGGCAAAGAAGCAGAAGGCUGCUGCCAAACAGGCUGCCAAGGCAGUGAAGGCACAAGAGAGCCGGGGUUCAUCUUUAGUGGAUACAGAGGAACCUACGGAUCAACAAAUGCUUCACUCCCCAUUCACGUUGAAGAAUAUCAACUUGACCAUCCCACGAGGAGCAUUUGUCUGUGUGGUUGGCCGCAUUGGGUCUGGCAAAAGUGCUCUCAUGGCUGCCUUGAUUGGUGAGAUGCGACAGACAAAGGGCACUUCAGAGCUUGGAGGGACAUUGAGCUAUGUAGCCCAACAUUCAUGGAUACAGAACUCUACUCUAAGGGAGAACAUCACAUUUAAUGAUGAGAAUCCAGAUGAAGCAAGGCUUGCAAAUGCCAUCACAUGUUGUGCUUUGUUGAGAGAUAUAGAACAGCUGCAAGACGGUCUGGAGACUGAGAUAGGAGAGCGUGGAAUCAACUUAUCAGGAGGUCAAAAGGCUCGAAUUGCGCUUGCACGGGCAGUGUAUCAUGACGCAGACAUUGUACUGCUAGAUUCCCCACUGGCUGCAGUGGACAGUCAUGUUUCAGCUCAUCUGGUCAAAAAAUGCAUUUUAGGACAAGGAGCACUUGGAAGCAAAACCCGCAUCCUUGUGACACACCACCUGGAAGUAUUACCAGAUGCAGACCUGAUUUUAGUCAUGGAAGAAGGACAUAUAGUCCAGCAGGGAACAUACAAGGAGCUGUCCAGCACUCGUGGUAUAUUACAGAAGCUCAUGGCAGACCAUGGAAAUGGACAGGCGGACAGUAGACUCAAAGAGACCACCGACCUUGAUACUGGAGCAGCCCAGGUCCCUGACAACCAGCUUCAACACUUGCCCUCUACCACCAAAUUGAUCAUGGAUGAAGAGCGGAAGAUUGGCAGUAUUUCAUGGAGAACAUACAUUGCUUACGCACGCGUAAUGAGCAAAGAAUGGUGGUUCGCCAUAUCAAUCUUUACCUUGAUCUUGGGCGAAACAUGCUCUGUGUUGAACACGCUUUUCCUGGGGUUCUGGAGCGGGCAGUCAAUCCCAGGAUUCAGUCAAGGCAAAUAUAUGGCUCUAUAUGCAACCUUUGGUGCAGCGAAUACACUCUGUACUUUUGGAUCAAGCUACGCACUUUUCAUUGCUGGAAUCCGGGCCUCUUUCAUCAUGUUUGAUGGUGCACUCACAAGUGUUUUGCGCUCGCCAAUAUCUUUCCAUGAUGCAACACCUGUUGGCAGGAUCAUCAAUCGCCUCACAGAAGAUGUUGAGAAGCUGGAUGAUUGGCUCACCUAUCUAUGGUACUCCGUCUUGGUCAACUUUGCCGCAAUCAUGGGGACAUUUUUCUUAGUACUUUAUACUUAUCCGCUCUUAGGGAUCCUCUUUCUACCCCUUGCACUCAUUUACAUCCUGGUUGGCAAAUUCUUCAAUCGGUCCUCCCGUGAGAUCAAGCGCUUGGAAUCACUACAGGAAUCACUAAUCUACAGCUCAUUUGGUGAGCAAUUGGACGGGCUGUCAACUAUCCGGGCUCAUGUGGAUCACCACUUGCGCACAGAAUAUCUCAUUGUGGCUGCUCGCCAUCUGGGCGCUCUUCUAGUCUUAGGUAUUGGUCUAUUUGGGGUAGGAUUGAGGAAUCAGGUGGACCCCAUCAAGCUUGGAGUUAUGGUGCAUUAUGCUGUCCAGGCCGAGCAAGAUAUGAAUACUGCUGAGAGGGUUCUGCAUUACAUUGACCUGAAACGUGAAGCAGCUUCACGCUUGGAGCUUGAUCCUCCAGCAGAGUGGCCUCAAAAAGGACAUGUUGUCUUUGACAAUGUCCAGAUGCGCUAUCGACCUGAUCUGCCACUUGUUCUGAAGGGUCUCACCUUUGAGGCUCAACCUGGGGAAAAGGUGGGGAUUGUGGGGCGAACUGGAGCAGGCAAGAGUUCCUUGGCUCAAGUGUUGUUUAGAAUUGUGGAAUUGUCAGAGGGAAGCAUCAAAAUUGAUGGAUACAACCUUAGGAUCAUGGGCUUGGACACACUGCGGUCCCAACUAUCAGCACUACCACAGAAUACUCUUCUGUUCUCUGGAACAAUGAGAGAAAACCUGGACCCCACAGGGAUCAAAACAGACUCAGAACUUCACGAAGCUCUGCAUCGCUGUGGUCUGGUGCCAUCCACUUCUCAACUUCGAGCUGGAUCAGAUAUAGAACGCUAUAGGAAGUUUCAACUGGAUGCAGUGGUCAAUGAUGAUGGCGAGAACUUCUCGGGUGGAGAACGUCAACUUGUUGCUCUGUGUCGGGCGCUUGUCAAGAAUUCACGUGUCCUGUUGCUUGAUGAAGCUACCAGCAGUGUGGACCCUGAAACCGAUGCAGUCAUUCAAGGUUGUAUCAGGAAGGAAUUUUGCAAUACAACCCUGUUGUGUAUUGCUCAUCGGCUAUCCACUAUUGCAUUCUACGACAAGGUGUUAGUGUUGGAUGCAGGCCAGAUUGCUGAAUUUGACCACCCACUUUGUCUGUUUGACAAACCCAACUCAGUGUUCCGUUCGAUGUGUGAUGCAGCCAAUCUGAGCCGUGAAGCUAUCAUCCGGAUCAGGGCUGGAGAGAAUCCGCAAGAUGUUCAGGAUGAGGGGGAUACCGGCGUACCAGGCUACAAUUGUGCGAGUCGAGCCUGCAAACCAGCAACAGCUAGUAGAAAUGGCUUGAGGAGCCACAACAAUGGAAUUGAAACAAAGGGACUAAAACUUGUCGAAUAA